UGAAGCAUUGUUUCGCAUAGCACACCCUUGGAGCCUAGCAGCGUCAUGGUCUUCGGCUGUACACAGCCGAUGCAAAUCUGCUUCCUGUCAGGGACAAUCGUUGCAGAAUUUCAAGAACAAGAGUUAGAUUUCAUGGUUCAAAGCAAUAAACCAGUGAGAGCAAUGAAAGAGCACUUGGCAGCUCGGACUGGAAUUUCGAGGUUUCGGCAAACACUGUUUCACGAUGGAAUCGCGUUGGAGGACGAUGUCCCAUUUACACCCGUAUCAGUAUCAGCUUUGCAGCUCGUGAUUUCAGAUUUUCGAGAUGGUGGAGCUGCGACGAACGGUGCAUUCAUUUCAGCUUGCGAGGAGGGUCAGUUGGAUGAAGUUGAAGCAAUGCUCCAGGAACGACAGAAUCCCGAUACAAAAAGUCAAAACGGUCAAGCAGCCAUCCAUGUUGCAGCCAUGAAGGCCCACUUAGAAGUGAUCCGACUCCUGCUGGAGGCAGGUGCUGACAAAGAUCUCAUGGACCCAAAUGCCAGAACAGCUUUGCAUGCAGCUAGUGCCAGUGGGUACACCGAAGUCGUUCGAGAGUUGCUGGAGGCAGGAGCUGAUAGGGAUUCUGCAAAACGGCAUGGGCGGGUAGCUGUGCACUUGGCAAGCGAGAAUGGACACUGGGAAGUGGUCCAACUGCUACUGGACACAGGAGCUGAAAUGGAAUCUGAAAAGCGAAAUACCAGAGCAGCUUUACACUUGGCAAGUGAAAUGGGGCACUUGGAAGUGGUCCGAAUAUUACUGGAGGCAAGAGCAGAUAAGGAUGCAACAGCACAAAAUGGUUUGACACCUUUGCUUUUGGCGAGUGAGUUUGGACAUUUGGAAGUGGUGCGGAAGCUACUGGGAGCAGGUGCUAAGAAGGACGCCUCAACAUACAACGGCUCAACAGCUUUACACUGGGCGAGUUUGAAAGGGCACUUGGAAAUUGUGCAAGAGUUGCUGGAGGCAGGAGCUGCCAAAGAUGUUCCGAGGGAAGAUGGCUUCACAGCUUUGCACUUUGCAUGUGAAUGGGGACAUGUGGAAGUUGCGAGAGCCUUGCUAAAGGCAGGAGCUGACAAGAAUGCCCUGACAAUAGAUGAUGAAACAGCUUUGCAUUUAUCAGCUGAGCAGGGUCAUUUGGAAGCAGUCCAGUUGUUGCUUGAGUUUGGCGUCGAAAGGAAUGCCUUAAAACACGGUGGUGCAACCGCUUUGCACCUAGCUGCCGAGCAGGGCCACUCGGAAGUAGUGGAUUUCCUUGAGACUGCACAGCAGACAAUGGCAACAGCCUAGCGGCGAGCGCAGACAAUCAAAACGGACCAUUUCAUCAAACGCAUGACUCGUUUGGAAAGUGGGAUGCUA